CAUGGACAACACCACCACGACUAGCAGCGCCGCCACGACGGGUAUUGAAAUACCCCCCGAUAUCCUUGUCAUUGUGGGACCCCUCCUCCUAGGGGGCUUAUUUAGUUUCUGCUUAUACGGAAUAUCCAUCGUCCAGCUCUAUAUAUACUAUCUUUCAUUUCCGGGAGAUAUGCUGUGGAUUCAAAUCACAGUGUAUAUGCUUUUUGUCUUGGACACCUUCCAGAGCACAGUCACCUGCGCCUUGACAUGGUCCGCUAUGUGUUCCGGCUGGGGCCGCCCCGAGGCGCUGGAGGUCCCUGGCUGGGGCUUCUCGGCCAUCCCGGCCGUCAGUGGUAUAGUGUCCGCCUGGGUGCAGUGCUUCUUCGCCUGGCGCAUCUAUGUCCUGGGAAAAUGGCGCCUGAUACCCGGCGCCAUCGUCAUGCUAGCACUCGCACAGGCUAGUGGCGGGCUCGCCGCCGGGAUCAGGUUCGUGCCCCUCAAAGUCGUGACCGAGCUCCACGUGGUCUACCCGAUGGUUUGCGUCUGGCUCGGCGGCAGCGCGCUCGUAGACGUGCUCGUCGCCGUUAGCAUGGUAUACUUGGUGCGUGUAUCGGCGCUGAGCCUGGAUCGCGCCCGCGCGCUGGCUGAUCGUGUGUCUCUUCGUGUGGUCCACCGCGUCGCGCACCAGCUCUACGCCGCCAAGAAGAACGCAGACGGCAACAACAGGACGGAGCGGAUGCUUACGCGCCUGAUCCGCAUGACGGUCGAGACCGGCGUCGUCACCGCCGCCGCUGCCAGCCUUGACCUCGGGCUCUUCCUUGGAUUCAGAAACAACAACCUGCACACACUCCUCGCUUUCAUGCUCUGCAAGCUGUACACGAACUCGCUCAUGGCGUCGCUCAACUCGCGCUCGCCCUUGUUCAAGGCAAACCCCACGACGCACUUCGGGUCCGCGUCGCAGGUCUCUAGCGUCGCGCACUACCGCUGGCGCUCCGCCACGACCGCCUCGCAGGACAGCUCCGCGGCGACGUCCAAGGCGGUGCACAUCUCCCAGUACGUCGAGGUCACCCGGGACGGCGAGGACCGCAAGCCCGAUGCACACGUUUACGAGGGAACGGAGAGCAACGUUAUUCCGAUGAUGAACUUGACGAAGGGUGAUGACGCUGUUUGAGGCUGCGCGGAUGGGUCGUCUACUGGUUUAAUUUAUGGGCUCUGCUUGUCGUGGUGGUGCCUCUGUGUCCUCCUGUGCGAUGUCUAUGCUUUGAAUAUAUGUAUUAUUUAUGUACACGCCUGU